AUUCAACAACGUAUGCUCAGUCUGUUGCUUAUAUAAAAUUCAAUGAGUCAUAAAAUUAGAUAAAUUUACGUAUGAUGGCCCCGUGGAUCGCACGGGUCUCAAUCCUAGUAUAGUUAUUAAACUGAAAUAAUAUUUUUUUUAGUUGGGCUUGCAAUCACUUUUUGUUGUUGUUCUGUAACAUUUUUGUCUUUCCCACAAAAUCAUCUUGGGCCUAUAGCCCAACAUAUAAAAGUAAACAAAACCCCUCUCUCUCACUCGCUGCCUCGUUCUGAAAUCCAAAACAAUUUCACUUUCUCUCCCUCCAAAAACAAAGUUCCAAAAAUUUCCCGCUCCUCUCUCUCUCUCUAUCUCUUCCACUUCUCUCUCUAGAGCCACCAUGGCGAAUCGUGGAUCUGAACCCGAAAUGGAAGAAAAAUCCUGGUGUCUCUUUUCAACCUUGCUUCGAAUCGGCCACGCCGUCGAUUUCCACCACCUCGCUUCGCGGUGUCCAUUUUUCACUGCGACGCCGGAACUCGUUCUCCACCUCGCCUCACUCCCCGAUUCUCCUCUCGCCGUCACCGGUGAAGGACUCGUUACGCCCUCCGCCGUCGCUGUUUACGCUCUCGGAAGGUUUUUCUCUGUCCAGUUCCAGCAGCAGCAUCAUCAUCCCUGCCGGAAGCGGAAGUUGUUUUUGGAUUCCAACGAAGGUGGAAGAGAUCGGAAGAGGUUGGCAAUUUGUGAUGGAGUUCCAGAUAUUUCCUUUGAGAGUUUUUCUGAUACUGCAAAGGCUAUGUUGGGAAGAAAUUUCCCUACAAUAAAUUUUGAAUCACGGAUCAUGGAUGGAGCGAAUUCUUUUAUCCCAUUACGUAUUGGUGCCAAUGGAGUGUGUUCAGGUUGUCCAGGGCGAAGUUUUGAACAUAGGGAAGUUGGUAAUGAUGCCAGCACAAGCAUGUUAGGAGGAGAGAUUUCUGGAUCGGUGAUUAAGACUAGUGAUCAUUUGUUCAUGACUGGCAGUGACUUGACUUCUCAGAAGAAACCAGGAAUAGGUAAAUUUGUGGGAUGUAAUAAUAUCUUUGGGAAUCUUACUCUGACAACUAGUCUCCCAGAUUCCUGGCCAUGUGAUUUUGGUGUUGUUGAUGGCACUGGACUUGGGAAGAAAGUGGAGCAUGAAUAUCCUGAACAGAACAUUACUCAUCCUGUGGGUGAUGGUGAUAUUUGUAAAACUGAUACCUGCGAAGAUCCAGCAAGAGAAUCUAAUGAAAAUGAAGAAGUGGAAAGUGAUUUAAAGAAAGGUUUGAUUGAUUCUGGCACAAAUAAAGACAUGGAAGAUGUUGCUCAGAUGGCCAAUCCUCCACUUUUUGGAGAACUGACUAAAUGUUUGGAAACAAAAACCCAUGUCCAUGUGUUCGGUUUGGAUAAAAAUGAGACAACGAGAAACAUCACAACCCAGUCUACUACCAACAAAAUAAUUAAGUCUUCAAAUCCAAAUCUUCUUUUGAAAUCUUCUGAUAAUGCUCCCAAAAAUGUUAAUCAAUGUAAAAAUGAUAAGAAACUCAUUAUGAAGAACAAGUUAAAGCAAAGGUGUGCAGAAAACAUGGUUGAGCCAGAAACUUCCAUGAUUUGUAAGGUGGAGAAAAAAUCGUAUCCAUCUUUUGAAUCUUUUACCAUAGAGGAAGAAGAAGGUUCAGGUGGUUAUGGCACAGUUUACCGAGCUCGAAGAAUUACUGAUGGAAGAAGAGUUGCAAUAAAAUGUCCGCAUAAUAAUGCUCCUAAACACCAUGUAAAUAAUGAGCGGAAUAUGCUUGAGCGUUUUGGGGGUAGAAAUUCUAUAAUAAAAUUUGAAGGUUCUUUCAGAAGUGACAGCAGUGACUGCUUUGUUUUAGAACAUGUUGAGCAUGACAGACCUGAGGUUUUGAAAAGAGAAAUCGAUAUAAAUCAGCUUCAGUGGUAUGGGUAUUGCAUGUUCAGGGCACUUGCGUCCUUGCACAGAGAGGGAGUCGUUCACAGGGAUGUUAAACCUGGGAAUUUCCUUUUUUCCCAAAAGAUGAACAAAGGCUACCUUAUUGACUUCAACCUUGCCACGGAUUUAAAGCAGAAGCACAACAUUGGAAGUAAAUCAAAACCAGGCCUUGAUGCAUCCAAUAAAAUUCCUCUGGCUUCUGGUUCUGCUCCGGUGGUCCAAGACAAGAACCUUGGAGGGAGCAAGUCUCUAACAUCGAAUAAAAGGGACUUGGCAAAUUAUAAGAAAUAUUCUGAACUUAAUAGGCAUGUGAAGCAAAAGGCUUAUGCUGGUCCUCUAAAAACUUGUCUAGAUAAGGCUGGUGGGAGUUUACUUAGAGCACAAGGAACAGAUGGCUCAGGUGUAACCUCUGUAAAAGAUGUUACUAGCACUAGGACUGCUUCUGCCGAAAGGCUUAGGGAACCAGUACCUUCUUGCAGUAGAAAGGAGUAUCGCGACCUUGUGCAGACAACGUUGCAAUAUGCGAGCAGUAGUUCAAUAAAAGGUCCUGCUUCUCAAAGGAAAAGGGUUACUGCUCCUUCCGGCAAGAUAGAUAGCAAGACUGUUUAUAUUACGCCGAUGCCUCUACAUCCUACAGUUCCAGCAGCAUUUUUAAGAAGCAAAGGAGAUGGAAAACAUAAAAAAGAGGGUUCAUGUGUUGGAACCAAGGGAUUCCGUGCCCCAGAGGUUUUGUUAAGGUCUCAGUUUCAGGGAACUAAGGCUGAUAUUUGGUCUGCUGGAGUCACUCUACUCUACUUGGUGAUCGGGAAAAGUCCUUUCACUGGAGAACCAGAACAGAAUCUGCAAGAAAUUGCCAAAUUGCGGGGCAGUGAAGAGCUUUGGGAAGUCGCAAGGCUACAUGAUCGCGAAUCAUCUUUUCCUGGGGAGUUAUUCGAUCGCCGGUACUUGCAAUCAUGGGACAUGGAAAGUUGGUGUAAAUUUCACACAAAGAGACCAGAGUUUCAUCAGAAACUCCCAAAAUCAUUAUUUGAUUUAAUAGACAAGUGUCUAACAGUAAACCCAAGAAGUAGGAUAAGUGUUGAGGAAGUUCUAAGGCAUGAAUUCUUCACCCCAUGUAAUGAAGCCAUGAGGAAGCAAAGGAUGAUUCGACGCGGUCUCAACUCGGAGAAUGCAGCCUAUAGAACAGUCUCGGAUGAGUUUUUGGUGGCAGCCACUGGCACAUGAUUAGUUGCUAAGAGUACUGCUUGAACCAGAACAGGUUUUUUUUGAAGGCCAGAAGGGGGUUUGACACAGGAGAAUGUUUCUUAUAUCUGACAGCUGUAUAUUUCAGAGAAAACUUGCACAUUGUCUUGUAACUUGUACGAUGUGUAAGGUGGUUAAUUCUAGAUUUAUUCUUUUAUCA